AUGUGCAGCUCCAAAACCAAAGUAACAGCAGCAGGCAUAGAAAUCACAACCUCAGCCACAUCACCUGUUGCCAAAAUCAAUGGCAGACCUGUUCUUCAACCAACUUGUAACAGAGUUCCAAACAUUGAAAGAAGAAACUCAAUCAAGAAACUUCCACCAAAAUCACUUUCACCACCACUUCAGACCAAAACUUCAUCAACGCCUCCACUUUCACCCAAGUUAUUAAAGUCACCAAGGCCAACACCAACACCAACACCAACAAAGAGAAUCAAUGAAACUUAUCUCUUCAACACUAGUUCUGAAAAGAUUGUAACACCAAGAAACUCAACAAAAACUUCAACUUUAAAAAAAUCCAAGAGUUUUAAACAAGGCUCAUAUGGUAAUGACUCUACUGAAUCAUCAUUGAGUUACUCUUCAAGUUUGAUCACUGAUUCACCAGGAAGUAUUGCUGGUUUGAGGAGAGAACAGAUGGCAUUGCAGCAUGCUCAGAGAAAAAUGAAGAUUGCUCAUUAUGGAAGAUCAAAGUCUGCAAAAUUUGAAAGUGUUGUUGCUCCUCUUGAUACUUUAAACAAUCUUGCUUCAAAAACAAGUGAAGAGAAGGAGAAAAGAUGCAGCUUUAUCACACCCAAUUCAGAUCCAAUCUAUAUUGCUUAUCAUGAUGAGGAAUGGGGAGUUCCAGUGCAUGAUGACAAAAUGUUGUUUGAACUUCUAGUUUUGAGUGGUGCUCAAGUUGGAUCUGAUUGGACCUCAAUCUUAAAGAAACGUCAUGAGUUCAGGACUGCAUUUUCUGAAUUUAAUCCAGCAACUUUGGCAAACUUGACUGAUAAGCAAAUGAUAUCUAUUAGUUUGAAACAUGGCAUUGAUAUAAGCAGAGUUAGAGGAGUUGUUGAUAAUGCUAAUCGAAUUUUGGAGGUUAACAAGGAGUUUGGUUCAUUUGACAAAUACAUAUGGGGUUUUGUGAAUCAUAAACCCAUUUCCACACAAUACAAAUUUGGCCACAAGAUUCCAGUGAAGACAUCAAAAUCAGAAAGCAUAAGCAAAGACAUGAUUAGAAGAGGGUUUAGGUUUGUAGGCCCCACAAUGGUUCAUUCUUUUAUGCAAGCAGCUGGCCUCACCAAUGACCACUUAAUCACUUGCUUCAGGCACUUGCAAUGCACCUUAUUAUCAUGCUAA